AUGGCGGCCAGGCAGGCCCCCUCCAGGCGGCCCCAGCGCGCCACCGCCGGCGGAUUUGGCGGCCCCAGCAAAUAUACCACCGAAUUCCUGAACGGCAACGGCCUUGGCUACGAGUUGAGCGACGAUCAGUACGCACAGAACCAGCUGCCCGCCGCUCGUGUGGACCUCGCCAAACUAAAGGUCCAGACGCUGCGCAAGUACACCAAGCAGUAUGAGGUGCAGGGCGUGCACCCCACCAGCAGCAAGGAGGACAUCACGCGGGCGGUGACGGAGCACUGGAACUCAGUUCAAAUCACGGAGGAGGCGGUGCUGCAGAAUCUGCUCAAGGUGCGAGGCCGGCACUGA